GGGUCCGAAGCUGAGCACGUUAUCAGUCAGGAAUUUCAAAAGGAGGUCCGGCUUCUGGUGCGGCUCCGGUGGAGUUAGUGGAAGAGAAAGGCCGAAAAAAAUACUGCUUUGUUACAGCGCUUUUUCCACACACGCUGAUGGGCUUGUGGCUAAAGGGUGGACGGUGGUCCUGCGAUACAGCUUCCGUCGUGUGCCGUGAUGACUUUUCUUGUACCGUAAGUACAAAUGUAAUGUCAGGUGGCUGAAAAUUUGCCUAUCAAAAUGUCAAAAAGGCCAUCUUAUGCCCCACCUCCUACCCCUGCUCCUGCAACCCAAAUGCCCAGCACACCAGGGUUUGUGGGAUACAAUCCAUACAGCCAUCUGGCCUACAACAACUACAGGCUGGGAGGGAACCCGGGCACCAACAGCCGGGUCACGGUAGGAGAAUCAACUAUUACAUCAUCCGGCAAACAACAGGAAUUGACCAGAAAUGGCUUUAGAGCUUCCUCUGGUAUUACCAUUCCAAAGCCCCCCAAACCCCCAGACAAGCCCCUGAUGCCCUACAUGAGGUACAGCCGGAAGGUCUGGGACCAAGUGAAGGCGUCCAAUCCUGAUUUGAAGUUAUGGGAAAUUGGCAAGAUUAUUGGAGGAAUGUGGCGAGAUCUCACUGAUGAAGAGAAGCAAGAGUAUUUGAAUGAAUAUGAAGCUGAAAAGAUAGAGUACAAUGAGUCCAUGAAGGCCUACCAUAACUCUCCUGCGUACCUUGCCUACAUCAACGCAAAAAGUCGUGCUGAGGCUGCGCUGGAAGAGGAAAGCCGGCAAAGGCAGUCACGCAUGGAGAAGGGGGAACCUUACAUGAGUAUACAGCCAGCAGAAGACCCAGAUGAUUACGACGAUGGAUUUUCUAUGAAGCACACAGCCACGGCUCGUUUCCAGAGAAACCAUCGUCUCAUCAGUGAGAUUCUGAGUGAAAGCGUGGUGCCCGACGUCCGCUCUGUUGUCACUACAGCCAGAAUGCAAGUUCUGAAGCGCCAGGUUCAGUCUUUGAUGGUUCAUCAGCGUAAACUAGAAGCUGAGCUUCUGCAAAUUGAAGAGCGUCACCAGGAAAAGAAGAGGAAGUUUUUGGAAAGCACCGAAUCCUUUAACAACGAGCUUAAAAGGUUAUGCAGUUUGAAGGUGGAAGUGGAUAUGGAAAAAAUUGCAGCUGAAAUUGCUCAAGCUGAGGAACAGGCUCGCAAGAGGCAGGAGGAAAGGGAAAAAGAAGCAGCUGAGCAAGCGGAACGCAGUCAAAAUAACAUAGCAGCUGAGGAAGAACAGGCAGCUAACAAGAUAGAGGAGAAGAAAGAAGAGGAGAGCGCUCCAAUGGAGACAGAAGAGCCUCACCCCGAAGAGAGCACAGAAAACCAGCAGAAUGGUGAAGAGGGAACAUCCACCCCGGAUGAUAAGGAGAGUGGCCAAGAAGGGGUCGAUAGCACUGCAGAGGAGGGAACCAGUGACAGCAACACUGGGUCAGAGAGCAACAGCGCGACGGUUGAAGAGCCUCCUGCAGACCCUAUCGCUGAGGAUAGUGAGAAGAAAGAAUAAAUAUUGACUCAGUUCAUGUGUCUCUUUUUAAUGAAAUACUGUUUUGAUUUCAGAAUGUGCUGCGCGGCUUUUGUAUCUCCCUUGCCUGUAUCACUUGUCUCCAAAGGAUGCUGGCUUCUAGUAACGUGUCAGAUGAUCAGCUUAGCGAAUUAAAGGGGCCUUCAGAGGCAAAGGGCAUCUUGCAGCAGACAGAAAAGAAACCCUCGUGUCUCAACACAGCUGUUACAACGUGGAGAGGUACUUCCUGUUGCUUGGGAUUCCUGCCCUCCAAAGCCAGCGCUGGGCGGGGUUUCCUCCUGGAAGUGGGGCCGUCUCCCCUCCUGGGACACGAGCACAGGGACCGCGUGGGCCCGAGGGCUGCGUGGGCUCCGGCCCCUGGCUCUGCGGAGGGACCGGCUGCCCCGGGGUGCCGGCUCGGCGCCGCGCGGUGCCCGGGCUGCUGGGCACUCGCGCUCUCGAGAGGUUGGCGGGUGCCUGAGGCGCCUGGGCGCUGGCGUGGCCAUGAAGCGAAGGCUGGAUGCCCGAGCUGGGGGUAGCCCAGAGCAUCUCCCCCACCUGCCGAAACCAAACCGGGCCACAGCAGCCCCGCGGCUGGAAGGGGGGGGGGGGGUGUAAUAUUUGUUGUCUUUUCGGAGUAGCUGUUCUGCAGCUCGUGUUCUGCACGCGGCGUUUCAGAUCCGACCCCAAAGGGCUGAGCAUCGUCCCCGUGAAGUAAAGGCUGUACCCCAGGGGUUUGGUUCUGUGAUGCAGGAUUCUUUUCGACAAGAGUCUUUGCUCUCUUUACCAAACUCCUUUAUCUGCUACUACGCUAUUCUGGUGUGACCUCAGCCAGAGAUGGCAAAGUACAGAGCAGGAGAGUGUUUAAACACGCCCGUGUUCUGAGCAGGCGGUCGCUGUUAUGGCACAAAUGGUAAAACCCACUUUUGCUUGCCCUGAGCUUUCCAAACCUCUGGGAACUCUACAGAUGCACUAAAAAUGCCCCGUUUUGCCCUGUAUAAGCAGAAGCCCUACUGAAGAGAAAAAUACUGUUAACUGCAGAUACAAGCUGUCCCGUGACUUCCCAACUGUAAGAGAACACAUGAUGCGUAUGCUUCAAUAAACUAGGAUGAUUUUACAGAA